CCAAACAAAAGAAGCAAACCACCUCCUCCGUGCAAGAAGACCAAUUUUCCGUUCGCCCGUAUUGCCCAGCAUCCGUGAUUCAGUGCUUGGGCCCCAUACACACAUAAAUCUAGUCUACUGGGGAAUUCCUGCCGUUGUGAUUUCCUCCGUAAUCUCUGAAUCCGGGGAAUCCGGGAAAUCCGGGAGUGGUUUCCACUAAUUCCGUUUUACUGCUGCCUACGCAUAUCCCCUCCUCGCGAGUCGUGUGUACCAGAUUACGGUGCAGCUUUCUUACUUCCGCUUUUGCGCAAGAAGCGAUAAUCGGGUAACAGCGGGAAUCCCAAACAAAAUCCCGAAAAAAGGGACGGAUUCAAUGGUCGAAAAAGAUUCCGUGUAACGGGAAAUAGCAACAGUACCGGAAGUAGCAGAGUAGGUCACUAGCGCCAGGAUUCUCAGCCCAACUCUCCCAGUACCAUCUUCGUCGUGGAUAGACUACACCUCAUCUACCAUCGAUACUUUGGGCGGGUGUGCGGAGCGUUGAAGCGACUCGUGAUGGACCUGCAGCAUCAGCGUAAACAGGGAACAUCCGGUGGCCAGCAGCAGCAGCAGCAGCAGCAACAACAACAGCAACAACUGUCCCAGCAGCGGGAAAGCAACAGCCCCAGUGUUGGGCCAGGUCCUGGUAGUGGCGCGCUUGUUGGUGGUGCUGCUGCAGUCGGUGGCGCAAUCGGAAAGAAUGAUAGCUACGAUAGCUCGCACAGCAGCAGCAACACCGAGGACACUACAGAGACAGACGAUCGCCGCCGCAAGAUGAUGAAAAACCGUGCCAGAAAUAAUCGACUGAUGCAGCAUCAACAGCAACAGCAACAACAACAACAUAAUACGACGGACAGUGCUAAGGUGGCGGCCUCAGCAGGAGGGUGUGUUGGGUCUGGCAGCAUGGCGAAGAAGCUGCCCGACGGUGAGCGUAUCACGCUGAUCGUCGACAAUACGACGUUCUCGGUGAACGCGUCCAUGCUGACGGCUCAACCGCAGACCAUGCUGGGCCGAAUGUUUAGCUCGGGGCUAGAAUUUACGCACCCGAACGAGCGGGGUGAGUAUGAGGUGGCGGACGGCAUCUCGCACACCGUGUUCCGGGCCAUCCUCGAGUACUAUCGAUCGGGGGUGAUCCGCUGCCCGCCAACCGUCUCCGUGCUGGAGCUUCGGGAAGCCUGUGAUUACCUACUGAUCCCGUUCAAUGCCGAGACGAUCCGGUGCCAGAAUUUGCGUGGUUUGCUGCACGAGCUGAGCAACGAGGGCGCGAGUAUUCAGUUUGAAGCGUUCCUCGAAUCACUGAUCCUACCGCUGAUGGUUGACGCGGCACGGCAAGGGCAUCGCGAGUGUCACAUUGUCGUGCUUUCGGAGGAUGACACGAUCGACUGGGACGAGGAGUACCCUCCGCAGAUGGGUGAAGAGGACUGCCAGACGGUGGCGAAUACGGCCAUGUAUCGGUUCUUUAAGUAUAUCGAAAACCGGGAUGUGGCGAAGCAGGUGCUGAAGGAUCGGGGUCUUAAGAAGAUCCGGCUCGGCAUCGAAGGUUACCCGACGUACAAGGAGAAGAUCAAACGGCGCGCCAGUGGACGCGUAGAGGUGAUCUACAACUAUCUGCAGAGGCCCUUCAUACACAUGUCCUGGGAGAAAGAGGAAGCGAAAAGUCGACACGUCGACUUCCAGUGCGUCAAGUCGAAAUCGGUCACCAAUCUGGCGGAAGCGACGGCUGAUCCAGCGCUGGAGCUUGAUUCGGCCGGUAAUCCACUUCCCCAGCGACACUUUGAAAUAUCACACGAACCAGAAGGUGAACCCUUCCUGCGGCCAGAAGCACUACUCGAUGGCGAGGAAGGUGCCAUCGGUGGGAUGCUGGCGAAUGCGGAUGAAAUAGGCGGUCGUGCUGGUGGUGGAGUCGGAGCAGGCGGUGGUGGUCCAGCAGCAGUGCUCGAUGGUGUACCGCAGCAGUAGGCGUGCUAAAGCGUGCGCGCAAAACAAUCGGAAUCUUCACAAACAGUCCACAAUGCGAUGCGUGCGCGUGGCAAUGGUUUCGCGAAACGAACAAAUGAUUAAUCUAAGAGCAACAGGACCCCCGCCAGUAUAAGUUCAGUAUGCUGUUUUGCUGAAGGCCAUGCGCAAUGGUGCUUGAUAAAAGGGUCCUUCUACAGCCUCGUGUUUCGUCUCUCUCUCUCUUUCUCCCUCUUUAUCUCUUCAGUUAUUUUCCUCUAAGCGAGAUUUGUUUUUUGUUGGUUCAGUUUUUGUUUUCUUCAACCAUGUAUAUAUUUAAACGAAAAAUGUUAGCUUUUUUGGCUGCUAGUUAAGCUCCUUAUUUCACCGAUAAAUCGAGAGAAUGGAAGCAACUGCAGCUGCUGCUGCUGCCGCCGCCGCCGCCGCCGCCGGUUGCUGAGGCAAUACGGAAUUCACGCAAACCUUAUGCUCCUCGUAUUCUAAGUAUCUCAAUUUCAUCAGGAGGACCUACGGACGU